AUGGCAGCAUCUAUGUCUAGGCCUCUGGAGUACCUGGAGAGCCUGCCGGGCACUACCUUCAAGAAGCUCUACCAGCAGCCUUCAACUGCGCUAGCGAUCUUUCGGCGCAUGUUACCUGAUCUAGCAAAAUGCUUUGUAAUGGCUAUGCUCUACUUGAAGGAUCCUUUGCCGACAUCUGAUCUGGAGAAAUGGGUCAGAUCUGACAGUAAGAGGCAACGCGACAACGCCUUGUCAAUACUCGGACGGCUCCAUAUCCUCUCAACCACCCUGACCGACAAUAAUGUGCGAGCAUGCAUGGUCAACGACCCGUUCGCAUCUUCCCUCCGACAGGCGCUCAUGGGGUCUGAUGAUGCACAGUCCUUCGGUGUUCUCUCUCAAACCUCAAAUGAAAGUACAAUCACGGUUGCUGAUUUAGACGAAUACGCCCGACGGCAAUGGGAAGGAGUCCUGGGCUACAUGGUGGGAACGAGUGGUUUGGGCCAACGCGAUAUCAACCUGAGCAAAGGUGUCAAACAGCUUCUUCAAGCAGGGCAUCUCGUGGAAAUCAGAAAUCAUCAUGUCGAUAUCACCAAGGAUGGGUUCGGCUUCGUAUUGCAAGACGUCAAUACCCAGGUCUGGCACAUCUUGAUUCUCUACGUGGAGAGCGCCCAGGCCAUCGGCAUGGACAGCGUCGAGGUGCUCUCUUUUCUCUUCCUCCUCAGCAGUUUAGAGCUGGGUCAAUCAUACGACAAGAAGGGCAUGACAUCUGUGCAGCUUCGCACUCUGACUGAUCUGGCCGACUUUGGCAUUGUGUAUCAAGAAUCUCCCGACGCGACGCGGUUCUACCCCACCCGCCUGGCGACCACCCUAACAUCCGACUCCAAUGCGCUAAGCACCCCUGCUAGCGGUUCAUUGAAUGGACCAGGCCAACCCGGCAUUCCAGGCACUGGCUUCAUUAUUAUUGAGACUAACUACCGACUCUACGCUUACACGUCAUCGCCCCUCCAAAUCUCCCUCAUCUCUCUCUUCACCAACCUCAAAUACCGGUUCCCGAACCUGGUGACCGGCAAGAUCACUAGAAUGUCUGUCCGCAGAGCCAUCGAUAAGGGCAUCACGGCGGACCAAAUUAUCUCCUAUCUCCUUACCCAUGCGCAUCCCCAGCUGCGGAAACACAACGCCGGCCAAGCCACCAGUAGCUCUUCUACCAUGCCUAUUUCAGUGCUCCCGCCAACUGUCACGGAUCAAAUCCGAUUAUGGCAAUUGGAGCGCGAUCGUCUCAAGGCCACCCCUGGAUUUCUCUUCAAGGACUUCAGUAGUCUUGCUGAUUAUCAGACUCCUUGUGAGUAUGCUCGAGAUAUUGGGGUGCUAGUCUGGAAGUCGGACCGGAAGCGCAUGUUCUUUGUGUCUCGCCAUGAGGAAGUGGUCGCUUUUUUGAAAAGCAGAAGCUAG